AUGUCAAGGACUCCUGCUGCUAAGGCUGCAUCGCUUCUAUAUCGGAGAUCUCAGAUCUUGAGAUCUCCCGACAAAGACCCUUCCCACUCAGAUAAAGGGCAAGGUAAAUUGCCUGGUGAACGCAAAAGGCUCGGCUUAGUAGAAGUAGAAACUGCCACUGAUGUCAUUCUUUCUUGCAUGGACAUGCUGCUCAUAAAACGAAUGCGUGAAGUCUCUACUAAUCGUGUACUCGGUUUCGUCAAACGUCUCGCAGGCGCUGCUCUUGUCAUGACUGAUCCUGCGUGCACUGCAUCCAUGUUGAUACGUAUUUUGCAUUAUCUCCGUAUGUUCCCUCGCUGUGAAGUACUCUUUGAUGUUGAUGCUGAAAUAGGGGGGCCCUAUCUUCCUGAUGUCGAUGAUCCGGAGUUUGCACGACCUGCAAGUGCUUGUCUUUGGGAGCUUUAUCUGCUUAAGUCUCAUCAUUCUCAAAUAGUAAGCAUUGUAUACAAUCCCAACAUUUUUCUAUCGUUCUUAAUUCUCAUUUCAUUUAUUCCGUUUUAUUAUGAAAAUUUUGAUGAAAGGAAUUUACAGAGUUGUAUCACCGAAAUAUGCCCAAUAUGCAUCGUCUCUCGGCCGUGA